GGGCGCUGUGCUGACAACAUCCUCGCAGGACCAACGAGCGGAUGGUGCGUCCAAAAAUCCUUCUGCUCUUUACAGCCAUCCUUUGAGCCUUAACAGCCAUCGAGCGAAGCCUUCGAAAAUGUAAACAAAAGUGACGCAGGCGCAGCUGUACUUUCUCCCUCACUCCUCAAACAGUUUUGGAAAAGGAAAGCCGAGCUUCCAGGCUAGCGUUUCUGCUCGGCUUUUGGUCUUCGGCCGUUGGCUGUCGGUUUUCCAGCCCACAUCCUGGCCAGGCUCAAAAACAGGCUCAGGCAGUCAGCGCUCACAACGCCAGCAGAGUGCGCAGCGUGAUGUAGUCCAGCUCCAGCUGCAGACCGAUACCGAAAUCCAGCUCCAGCUUUCGCAGCGGCCACUCAGGGAAACUUUUCCACACUCGAGCACGAACACAGGGACACACCGAGUCGGAAAAGCGGAAAAGCCUCAGACAAAUGGCCAGAAAUAGUAGCAGCGGCAGUAGCAGCGAGCGCAGCAGCAGCAGCAGUGGCACAGUAGCGAGGGAGCCGUGAAAAAAAGAAGAACGGAAAAGCCAAAAAAAAAAAAUAGAAACAAGAAAAAGAGGAGGCGUGAAAAAUACCCCAAGAGGCGGGGGUGUGUGAAAAUCUAGGGGAAAAAAGCGCGCCCCGUGGAAAUGGAAAUGCUAAGGCUUCUGUUAGCCACUCCAUCAGCGGAAGUAGCAGCAGCAAAACCAGCGGAAACAGCAACCUGAAUCCGCGUCCACUCCCAAUUUCUCCGCUCUCUCCGUUCCGUGUUAAUUGUUAUUUAUGUAUAGUGUAUAUAUAAAGUUGUGUGAUACAAAUGGAUCGCAAAGAUCUGACAGCAAGCGAGAAACUCUAACCUAAACUCAGUCUAAUCAAAAGCGUACAACGACAACAAACGGUUUUGCAAGUGAAACGAUAACACCAAGCCAAUCCAAACCAACCAAACCAACCAACCAACCAACAAACAACAUUUUUCCAACGGGUCCAAUGUUGCAGCCAACAACAUGCAGCAAACAGCAACAGCAGAGGCAGCAACCAGUAAUCGCAACAGCAGCAGUGGGAGGAGCAGCGGUCCAGGAGCUGCUUCAGCAAACCGCAGCUAAAGAUCAUGGAGCCUUAGCAGGAGCAGCAGCAGCAGCAGCAGCAACUGCAACAGCAGCAACAGCAGAAGCAGCAGCAGCAAUAGCAAGCCGCAACAACAGCAACACUUGGUGCCACAGCGACAACAUGUUGUCCGUAGGCAGCAGCAGCCGCACAAGCAGCACAACGAUAGACUUCAAUAGUCGCCGGCGAAGGGGACGCCUACGGGUAAAUGCCCCCAUUGUCCUGGCGGAGAGCAAGCAACACCAAGCUACUACGAUACUGGACGAGUGUGUAAAUAUUUUCAAGCGCUUAGUAUUAUUAACAUUAAAAACAAUAUCAGCAACAACAAUAACGAAAGCAAAGACAAGAAGCAGAACAGCAGCGAUACCAGCAAAAACUACAGCAACACCUGCAACAUCUGCAACAUCUCGUGGUGCCUCAGUGGAGCCAUUGCUCUACCCAAGCAGCCGCAGCCGCUGCAGAAGUCCCUGCCUUCGCCUGCCAAUCUACAGCCUCCUGCUGCUCUGUUUGACCACCCAGGGAUUGGGAUUAGGUGAUGCCGCCAAGCCCAAGUCGGCUAAGCAGCACUUCGGCAGCAGCCACAACAACAGCCCGAAUCAGAACCAGAACCACAACGAUGUCCUGGGCGGGGUGGGUGCCCCGUCCCAAACGUCCGGGGAGGACGAGGCCGAGAUCAUGUACCCCUUCCAGUCCGGGGAGCAGAUGUUUGGCCUGGAGGAGGACCAGGAUCAGGAGCUGAACUCUAAUGCAGUGCCCGGUUCCGACGAGGAUAAUUCGGCCAAUCAACGUGGUAUCAAUGACACGCACAACGAUAACUCGACCACCACGAAAACGCCACUAUUCCCGAAAGAUCUAUUCACGAAAGAACAGCUUGAGAACGGCGCUGUCAUCCUGCACAUCAUUGGGGUGAUAUAUAUGUUUGUGGCCCUGGCCAUUGUCUGUGAUGAAUUCUUCGUGCCUUCCCUUGACGUAAUCAUUGAAAAGCUCGGCAUCACGGACGAUGUGGCAGGCGCGACGUUUAUGGCGGCGGGUGGCAGUGCCCCCGAGCUCUUCACCAGUGUAAUUGGCGUUUUCGUGUCGUUCGACGACGUGGGCAUUGGUACGAUCGUUGGCUCUGCCGUUUUUAACAUCCUGUUCGUGAUCGGCAUGUGUGCCCUAUUCUCGAAGACGGUCCUGUCGCUCACCUGGUGGCCUUUGUUCCGCGACUGUUCGUUCUACAGCAUUAGCCUGUUGGUGCUGAUCUAUUUCUUCCGGGACAACCGCAUCUUCUGGUGGGAGGCCCUCAUCCUGUUCACCAUCUACAUCGGCUAUGUCGCCUUCAUGAAGUGGAACGUCCAGGUGGAGACGUGCGUCAAGAAGAUGAUUACCAAAAACAAGGUGACUCGCGUCAGAAGUACAGAUCAACUUAUGCCAGCAGGUAAUGCGGCCAACUCCUCGGAAACAUCAAUGGCCACCCAACCGGGCGGCUCCGUAACAUCACGAGCGGCGAGCGAAACACGCUCGGGUCCGCCCGGAUCGAGCAAUGCGGGCGCCACAGGUAAUAGCAGCGGCGGGGGCGGCACCUCGGGUAGUACUCAGACCGGUGCCAAGUUCCGCCACGGCCUGUUACAGCUAAUGAUACACACGAUAGAUCCACUACACGAUGGCAAAGUGGACGAGAAGGCGACGCAGCUGCACGCCAUCGCCUCGCUGAAGGUUUUGCUGGAUGCCACCAAGCCGCAGCGUGGCGGUGCCACCACUUCGGCGGCCAAUCACGUCAAGAUCAAUCUCAAGGAGACUACGCUCGCCGAUCGUCCCAAUGGGAAUAUCGACACCACUCUCGACUCGCCAUCGUUGAGUGGUCGACGUCCUAGCUGGAUUGAGCAGAGGGUCAAAAUUCAGACACGCAAAUUUAGCAUCAAAGCGCCUGAAAUCGAGGAUGAGCCGGAACCCCUGAGUAUGGCCUGGCCGGACACGGCGCGAAAGCGGCUCACCUACGUCCUGGUGGCCCCGCUACUGGUGCCUAUGUGGCUAACACUGCCCGACACUCGGACGCCCCGCGGCAAGCGCUUCUUUCCGGUCACCUUCAUUGGCUCCAUCGUGUGGAUAGCGGCCUUCUCCUACCUGAUGGUGUGGUGGGCCAACGUGGCCGGCGACACGGCGCGCAUUCCGCCCGAGGUCAUGGGUCUGACCUUCCUGGCGGCGGGCACAUCCAUUCCGGACUUGAUUACCUCGGUGAUUGUGGCACGCAAGGGAUUCGGCGACAUGGCCGUGUCCAGUUCCGUGGGCAGCAAUAUAUUCGAUGUUACCGUAGGCCUGCCGAUUCCAUGGCUGCUGUACGGAAUCAUCUAUGGAGCGCCCGUCGAGGUGAACUCGGUGGGCAUGGUCUGCUCCAUAACCAUCCUGUUUAUGAUGCUGGUGUUCGUGGUGAUGUCGAUCGCCUGCUUCCGCUGGCGCAUGAACAAGGGGUUGGGCUUCACCAUGUUUCUGUUGUAUUUUGUCUUUGUCGCCGUAUCGCUGAUGUUCGAAUACGACCUGAUCACUUGCCCCUUUUAAAGAGGGGGCAAGGGCAAAGACAAAGUGGGCAACAGUUACCGAGUUACCCGGCUAUCACUCCAUCGAUAUAUCGAGCUACCAAGGAUACCUGCCCAAGGAUGUCCAAAUGCCGCCGAGGACGAGACAAGGACCCCAUCAGUCUCGUCAGUCUCACACCCAAUUAGCUAAAUUAUAUACAAGCAAAUUUAUGAAUGAUUAACAAAUUAAUUAACAAUGGACUAAAGCUAAAUAAUCGAAUUGUUAAACAGACCUCACACAUACACUCACACUCACAGACACACACAAUCAAACCAAACCAAAAACUCAAAAAAAAAAAAAGAAAAAAACAACAGACACACAUACACGCGCGAAAGCUAUAAUGAAAAUAACGAAAUCGAAAACUUAACGUUAACAAAAUGCGAGUUAGUUAGUGCCAGCGUUUCUUUUUCGAAUGACAUUUACUUUAAAGUGUUUUAGCGCAGCUUUUUAAACGCAAGCCGCCCCCCUCCUAUCCUUAACUCUAUAAAUCUUUGCUCCCAACUAUCGUAUCUAUCUAUGAUCUAAUACCAAAACUAGCGAGAAGGAAACACGACAAUGGCUUCCCAACCACUUACUAAAUAUCUACCUAACGUUUGGGUUUUAACUACAAGCAUAAGAAAACCAGCAAAAGUAUGUAUCAACAAAUAUAUAUGAUUAUCUCGGCACAAGGCACCCUAUAUCCUAAUAUACGGUACGAUACGAUACGAUACGAUACGAUACGAUAAAGGAAAGCAGCCUCCAAGUUUUGUGUUGAGCUCUUUCGGUUCGAUCGAUCGAUCGAUCGAGCAGAAGCCUUUCAUUUGCGUGCUCUACUAAGAAUUCUCCUAAAAGCUUUAUCCAGAGCCUAUCUAAACUCUAUCUAGUUUACGACUUAUAUACAUAAUACUUAUAUAUCCACUCACAAGCACACUUACAUGGCAUACUAUAUAUUGACCUGUAUUGAUUAAGUGAUAAUUUGCGUACUUAUUGAACAAGCAAAGCGAACAAAUCGAAUAAAUCGAAAAACUCUCAAAGUAAGCUAUACUCGAAUUCAAAAACAAACUUAAAUCGAUGCGAAUGUGUAGGGCAUACUAAAAAAAUAAACAUUUUGCUAAGAAAGGAAAAAGCAGACAAGCAUUUGCCAUACAUCCAGACCAGAGCAUUAUGAUAUUAUGAUUAUCGAUUCCAGUCCGAUGCUAAUUCUAAUUCUAGUUAUGAUUAUGAUUCUAGUUCUGAUCCCGUUUCUAGUCCUAAUUCUAAUUCUGAUUCAUGUUGGCGUGUUUAGGAGGAGCUGAGUUGAAAUUUAAAUUUAACUUUAACUUUACAUUGAAGCCAUAUUUAUUAUAGACUACUUCGAAAAAGAAAAUCCAAAACAAAAACUAAGCCUACAAAAA